AUGACCACCAGUAGUCCAUUGUUUGAUAUAAAUGCAUUGGAUGCGGAACAUCAACAAAAAUUUCAGACUGUUUACAAUGAAUUAAAAUCGAAUCAUGAAUCUUAUCUUCAAUAUAAACUUAAUUUACAGUUAAAGAACAAGGUGAAUACGGAAGAAGAGGAGAAUGAAUGGUGUUAUGAAUUGCAUAGAUUUCUUUGUGCUAGAAAAUGGAAUGUAACUCAUACCAUAAAAUCUAUUCGAGAAAUGAUACAAUGGCGAAUAGACAAUCAUGUUGAUUCGAUUCUUGAACAUGAACCCAUGAUACUUCGAAUGGAUAUCAUGCGAAAAAUGGCUCCAAGCGCUCAUCAUGGCUAUACGAGAGCUGAUCGGCCAUUAUAUAUGGAGAAAUCGGGUCUAAUACAUGUGGAUAAGUUAUUGAAUCAAUUUACAUCAGAGGAAAUGAUCCAAUGUCAUAUCUAUUGGCUUGAAUUCUAUUGCCAACGAGCAAGAGAACGUAGUCAACAACUAGGAAAACAUGUGGACAGUUUUGCUAUGAUUUAUGAUUUACAGGGCUGUAAACUGAGCAUGAGAAAAUUACUUCAUCUAUUUAAACAAUCCCUUCAUAUUGAUGAUAACUAUUAUCCUGAACGUCUAGGACAGAUGUUCUUUAUAAAUCCACCAAAAAUUUUUCCUGUUCUUUGGGAUUUAGUGAAACAUUGGAUUGAUCCUGUAACAAAAGCAAAAAUUCAUGUCAUUAAAAAAGGUCCUCAAACAUCAACAGCAUUAUUACAACAUAUUGAUUCUGACCAAUUACCUCAGGAAUAUGGUGGAACCUGUCAUUCAUGUCCAACUUCACCGGAUUGUAUUCCUGUGUGUGAAUGGAAUAAAAAAGUUGCUGAUGAUAAAGAGGAAGAACAGCUUACUGGUCCCAUUAGGGAAUUAAACGACGAAGAACUAAAUAUAGAAGGGAUAAAGACAGAGUGA